CUGUGUACUUCGAGUUGUAGUAGUUGCAGCAGUAACAGCGACAGCAGUAGCAGCAGUAGUACCUGCUCUAGCACGAGUAGCAGCACGGAUGGCGUGGAGCAUAUCGAUCACAAGGUUGCCUCCAACAGUUCGCCUCCCUCGUCCGCCGUAUUAGUGACUGCAGUUGACACGGUUCCCACCGAAACUUGUGUCACUUCUAGUGCUUCUGCUGCUGCUCCUGUUUCUGAAUCUCUACAGCCUUCUUCGCCGUUUGAGCGCUCCCGCCUUGCCCGUUUCAACGCCAUCGAUUCUGAUUGGUCCCCAACCGCUCAAUACCCCUGUGCUCGCAGUUUCUCCUUUCACCAGCCCUCCGACAUGGAACAGCAGCGUUCUUUCGUCCUAGAUCGAGCCCUUUGUCAGUACCGCCGGGAUCGGGGGGUAAACGCCGCCCGCCGAGAUCAUUUGUGGGGCCUUUAUGAUGUUACUGACGAUAAUUUCUCCGUCAGCUCACCCGCUGUAUUCCCAUCUUCCGUUGAUCAUUUCACCGUUAUGGUUCGGACAUUUGUUGACGAGUGUAUUGACGAGGCUGUGGCAAGACUGAAUCCGCCACCUUCGUCGCCGACCUCCUCUGUUAGUGAACUCGCCUGGACAAAUUCUCCCACUUCUUCCUGCUGUUCGCGCGCCUCUUCAGCGCCUCACACGCCCCAAAUUGCUGCCGAACUGGUGGAACAAACCAUCCAGGAAGUGCUAGACUUUCAGUUGCAGGUGCAGUCUUUGGUGGAAGAAGUGUUGACGGCGGCCCUCGAAAAUAUCCUCUUCUCCGAAUGCCCUCCGUUGAAACUGGCGUCAUGUUUGAAUGCGCCCAGCCCCGAGGCUGUGACUGUGAUCCCGACGUACUGCCUUAAUGAAUCUGGUUCAUCCCGCUACGCGACAACUAUUGGCUGUUUCGUGGCGCCCGCUGUCACUGAGGAGGUGGUACAGCAGGUGCCUCGCCUGGCAAUGCCACGUAGUUUCACCAUUUCCCUGUCUCUCGGCAGUCUCACCUCGACGUCCUCACAGCAGUCGCUGUGCUCGCAGUCGUCAGAGGACUGGCUUGCGAGUUUGGAUUAUUUACGUGAAACUGAUGACGACUCAGCGGCCCUGCGAUCCUGCCUCUACUCACAGUGUUUUCUCUCUCUUUUUGACUAUAUGCAGGAUGAAUUCGUCAAAGAGUACAAGAAUGAUCAUGAGGAGGAACUGGUUGUUCAUAUUAAGGCUAACUCCUUCCCCCUUGGUAAGCCUUUUUGUCUGCCAGCCAUUGACUAUCGACCACCUAAUGCUCAGCGUUCUUGCACCGGAGUCCACACUUACCCAGCCAUUUCAAUUUAG